CUGUCAUGUCUCGGAUUCCAAAAACUAAACCGAUAUAUAAAUUCACUGCACGUCCGACUCUAUCUCCCCCGCAAUCCAUCCUCUCCUUCUCGACCCGCUAAGUGCGAUAUACUCUCGUUUCCCCUUACCUCUCCCUCUCCCUCAUCGCCCUUGUCGACGUUGACGCUCUCUUCAAGAUGUCGUGUUGCACCUCCUCAGCGUUCCCCUCACCUCCGUCAUACCAGUCCCCCCUCUCAUCUGUUAAAGUAGUGAAACCUGAAGAACCUGAGGUUCCCGCGACACCGCUGACCCUCGUAGACUUCACCACUCUCGUUAGCGCUGCAUUAUCAUUCAACACCCCCAUUUUUGAGCCUCUUGCGCUCCCUUGCCGCCCAAAUUCAAGUUGCUUUUCAAGUUCAUUUCAAAAUAAUCUGCGGUCAUUGAAAACUGAGGAGAAAUUGACAAUGUUAAAAAAGAUCAAGAGCGUUUUGUUGCGCGAGCCACAAUCGUCUGUUGUCCCUACAAAGCGUUCUCCUCGUCAGGUACCAGAGCUGCCUAACCUACCCCUCCCACCUCCUACGGAUCCUAUAUUCACGCCUCAUAUGCCGCUACCUAUUGCUUUGGAGAGAGGACUUGUCAGCUGCAGUACUGAGCUUAUCAGUCCUACGGCUAGCGAAGAUUGCGAGUCAUGUCAGCUUUCUUCUUCCUGCUCCCAGCUCUUUUCGCCCUGUGCGGACGCUCAAUCAUCAUCGAGUUCGAUGUCUAGCGAAGGCUACUCUACAAGUGGUUCGGAAUCCCUCUCACACGCGUCGUCUUCCGUAUAUUUCACAUCGGACCCGGCCGACCCCUUCGCCAAAGGCCAUGUCCAAGUCGUUCGACGGAGCACAGGGUCGUCCUCCAGCAGUAGCUCAUAUGGAUCUGUGUGUAUGGGUGCAUAUACCUUGGGCAACCAUCCCUAUGCCACUAGUCAACGAGAUCAUUCACCGCCAAAAAAGUCGAAGAAGAAGUUCAUUACGGCUACACCUCCCCCGUGUCCAUUGAUACUUCCGCCUCGACUGCCGAUGCCCACCAGGCCAUUACCACCUACGCCCGAUACAGCUUCCCGUAAUCAGCUUACCCCUAGGUCUCCGACCAGAGAUUGGACGCUGGAUUUGCCUAUUGAAGGGACAGCAUUUGAUUCGUUCAGAGUCGCACCAGGGGGUGCGAGCAGACGGAAGGUCGGUGCAAAGACUCGGAGGGCCAGACGUGCCAGUUUGAAACUGGCUGUGUUGGCAAAUUUGGGCCAAUUUCCAGUAAAGAAAGAUGACCCGCUCGGUGGCGAUUUGAGGCCGGGUCACAGGAGGAAGGGUUCCCCCUUCCCUCUACUUUUCGAGCUGCCUCCAAAUUCGAUAGCAUCACCUUCAUCUACGCCUACAUCUCUGCGAACACCCGAGUCUCCACAACAACCUAGGAAGUCGAGACCUCCUAUGCUUGUACUCUCUCCCGCAGGUUUACCUGUUCCUCCGCCCUCCUCAGGUUCCGAUGUGACCAUUCCCCCUAUUUCACCUAUUUCCAUGUGCUCUUCGACUGAGAGUGCGGUUAAUGAACCUCUCGGCGGAAGAGCGAACGUCCCCGGAUGGUUUUCUGAUGACUGUGCUGUAUCCGAGCAAGGGCAUAGAAAACCCCAUGAGGAAGAAGGAAAAAUAGAUGGAGAGGAAAGAUAUUGGACUGCUCCAGAAAGCACGAGCACUCACGCCCACUAAGACCGUGUUUUAAAGUCAUCGCGCUAGUAUGUUUGUUGUUACAAACUCACAGUUGUUACAUUCAGUCAUUUAAAUCUGUUUCCUGUCAUUUCUGAUUCUGUCAUUUUGUCGGUCGUUUCGCGUUUUCCCCCCGUGUAAAUCUGUAAUUGUAAUUGUGAUUAGAUUGCGCUCCAUUGACACUCGCUGUUGUACUUCUUGGUCACCUCAAUUUCCCCGGUCAUUAUACAAUAUUAUUCUCUAUCGUACUAUAUCACUUACGUAGCGUUACCCUAC